GAAGUGCUUGUGUGUAUCUAAAAAACUGAGUAGAUUUUGGAGUGUUCUAGCUUUCACCUCCCACUGGGUGGAGUAGGGGCUUUAAGAGCAGCUGGAAUGUAGUUUCCAUGAUCAGAGUUUAGCCAAUUGUUGCCUGCUUGUACCUCUGCCAGUCCUGAAAGGGUAGUGCUCUGAGCAGCAGCUCAGCUCAACCAGAAGGCAUUUACUUUGCGCCUACCUUUCAGGGUAGUGCUGACCAGCAGACCAAGGAGCUCCUGUUUGCAGGAAAGAAAGAUUUCACUGUUCCUAACAUGGGAGAGGAUGCUGUGCAAGCUGAAAAGUUCCAGGCUAGAGAUAACCCUGGCCCAGAUGUGCUGCUACAACAGGAAAAGGCAUCAAAUGCCAGUCCAGUGCCAUCAUCCACCCCAAGUCCCAGCCUGAAUUGUAUGACCACAGAUGACUCGAUCCGGGAGAGUUCCCAGGUGAAUGCUGUCACAGUGCUUACCCUCCUGGACAAGCUGGUGAAUAUGCUGGACACGGUGCAGGAAAACCAGCACAAAAUGGAGCAACGGCAGAUCAACCUGGAGGGCUCUGUCAAGGGCAUACAGAAUGACCUCACCAAGCUAUCCAAGUACCAGACAUCCACAAGCAAUACAGUCAGCAAACUCUUGGAGAAAUCCCGCAAAGUCAGCGCUCAUACCCGAGAAGUCAAGGAGCGCAUGGAGCGCCAGUGUGCCCAGGUGAAAAGACUGGAGAGCAACCAUGCCCAGCUCCUGAAGAGAAACCACUUUAAAGUGCUCAUCUUUCAGGAAGAAAAUGAGAUUCCUACCAGUGUGUUUGCAAAAGAGCCUGUUCCCAGCAUAACCGAAGGAAAGGAAGAAUCUGUGGAUGAAAACAAAUCCCUGGAAGAGACCUUGCAUACAGUGAACCUGUCAUCAGAUGAUGAAAUGCCUAAUGAAGAGGAUGCCCUGGAAGAUAGUACUGAAGAAAAGGUAGAAGAAAGUAGGGCAGAGAAAAUAAAAAGAUCAAGCCUCAAGAAAGUGGAUAGUCUCAAGAAAGCCUUUUCUCGCCAAAAUAUCGAGAAGAAGAUGAACAAGUUAGGCACAAAGAUUGUAUCUGCGGAGAGGAGAGAGAAGAUUAAGAAAUCUUUCACCACCAACCACCAGAGAACAUCGUCAGGGAAAAGCUCUCCUUUUAAAGUAUCUCCCCUGACUUUUGGUCGAAAGAAAGAUCAUGAAGGAGAGGGUCCCACUGAAGAAGAGACCAAGCCAGUAGACACAUCAGCCAGUGAGCAGGCCCUGACUGAGAAUGAAGGAAGUUCUUUCACCGAGGCCCCUUCGGAAACAUCUUUCCCUACAGCUCAGCUGGAAGAGAAUAUAGCCAAAGAUGUUCAGGAGAAGUCUGUCACAAGAGACAGCAACCCUGCAACUAAGAACAUUGAGCUGUCCAUUGUGGAAGAUGAAGAGUUUGAAAUGGCCCAGGAAUACUCUCAAAAGAACCAUGAUGAACACUACAGACUCACCAUUGGAGAGGCAGAACAGUCUGAUGAAGAGCAAGCCCAACCUGCAGUUCUCCAAAUAGACCAAACAGCAUAACUUCUCACCUUUCUUUCAUGCUUUCACCUCCCAUAAGGUUUAGUUACGUGAAUAACCAAGAGCUAUGAACAAACUGCUGCCUAUUUCCAGUGUUAUUGAUUCACUUUAUCUGUUAUUUCCUUUGCUGUAAUAAUUUAUUUCAUAGGAGCAUCAUCCAGAAUGACCAAGACUUACUACUAUCUGAUGCUCUGAUUCUUUAACUCUCUUAGUAGUUGAGUCCAUUCAUAUAGAAUUUCUUUGAGCAUUACUUUAAAAAAAGAAAGAAAGAAAGAAAGACAGCAAUGCAGGGGAGGGGGAAUUAAUCAGUUUGGUUUAGAGAAACCACUAGAUGCUUGGGAUACUAGUCAUGAAAUCUAUGAGUUAAUGUUUUCUCCCCUACAAUAAUUUCAUACUUAAGUGAAUAAUGUAGCAUGAAUCUAAUGUUAACAGAAUUUGAUUUCCCAUACUUAAUGCUAACUGUGAAUUACUGAUUGUUUCAGUAGGUAUAUGUGUAGAUAUAUGUGCAUUUUACUUAGGUUUCAUUGAAAUCUAAAGCAUUUGCAGAGGAUAGAAGUUAGAAUAUGAUAUUCACUUUAAAAAAAAGCACUGUAGUAUAUUAUAAAUGGAGAAGUCAUUAAAAAGAGAGACAGAGAAAGAGAUAAGUAGACAGGCCUAAUGAGCCAAGGCAAAAGAGGAAAAAAGUGGGACAGAGGAAAAGUGAUUGAAAGAUAAAUAGAAGUAGGAAAGAGAACAGAGAAUGAGAGAAAGAGGAAGGAAAAAAAUACAAAGAGAUGGGGGAAAUGCUUCUAGUGUUAACCUUACUAAUUCAUUCCUUAAAUAGCACCAAUUUAAUACUUUCUUAUAUCCUAGAAUAGUAUUUUAGUAAAUAGCAUCCUUGAAAUAUUAUGUCAGCAGCUAUUUUGAAAAUAAUAUAGUAGAUACAUAAUUUGUACAGUAUUAAAGCAGAAAAAGUAACAAGAAUGUAAUGUUUUCUUAAUGAAGAUAAUAAGCUUUAAAUGUUUCUCUGAGGAAACUCAAGAGAAUAUGCUCUAGUUAAAGAUGAAAUGAUUUAGGGAACAGCAAAUACCAAUCAAUAGAUGCAGAGUUUUGCCAAGAAAAUAUCUUCCUUUGCCUUCAUUUUAUAAUUUCCAUGUUGAAGCCACCUAUGUCUUACUAUUAUAGAAUUUAGGUUUUCAUAUAGUUCAAGAUCAGGCACUGGAAGUGUAUAGAAUGAGAUUGGGUUAAAUUAGCUAUCUCUUUUUUGUUCAAAAUAUUAAUUGCAUUCCAGAAUAUAGUUCACUUAGAGAUUAAUUUACAAAAAAAGUAUAACCGAUGUUUAUAGUCUUGAAGCACAAUGAUGUUUAUAUGCUUUUUUAAUGCAAACAUAUUAUAGAUUUCAGUCCUAACUUAUACUGUGCCAAAGGGUUGCUUUCUCUAGAAGUGUUUUGCAAUGAGAAAUGCUGAUGUGAUGAGGAAAAUAUUACAUCAUAAAUAGCUUAAUGACAACUAUUUAAGGAAAGAAAAUUCUAUGCCACCAGUAAGUUAUAUGAGGAAUUGCCUUUCCCCUUUCUUCCCUCCCUCCUCCCCUUCCCCCAAAUAGAGGCUCCUAGAUUACAUACUUCAACGUUUCAACAUUUUGAGAAUGCAUGACUCAGUCAGCAGGGGAACUCUGCCCAUGGAUGAAAUUUUCAACACUCUCCCAAUUUGGUUCAGAAAAAAAAAGUCUUCCAGGAGUUGUUGUGGAUAAAAAUCAACAGCAGCUGGUAGUCAACCAUGUGGUGAAGGACUUCUUCAUCUAAGCUAGCCUGGAUUGCAGAAGAUAGACAUACCAUCAACUGCCAGGCCUAUUGACAUGAACUGGAAGUUCUGCCAUCUUGGUGGGACCUGUCAGGACCUCCACUUUACUGACAUUAUUUUUAAGAACUGUCACCCUGUUCUUUAAUGACAAAUCACAGUAAGACUUCAGUGGCAAGGGAUAUUAAUAUUAAUGUACAAAACCCAAAUAUCUGCUAGUACAAGUAAAUCUGAACACACAAAUCUUGGCCGUUGUAAAGAUAAAUCUGAAGAGAUAAAUGGCUCCCAUUCUUUCAAAUGUGCAAAUAUUAACUGUUUUCUGGGACAUGUUGUAGCGGAAGGAACAUUGGAUGUGAAAACAGAAGAAUCAGAUUCAAAUCCCAGCUCUCCCACUUUUUACUGAUUAUUGAUUCUGGAUAACUCACUUCAACCUCCCAGGAUCUCAGUUUCUCAUCUGUUCAGUAUUGCGCUAGGUGACCACUGAUAUCCUAAUUCUAAAAUUAUGACACUACAAUAUGAUUUUUGAGUAUUUCACAUGUACAAUCACAACAAAAAAGAAAAGUCAAUUCCAGGAAGACAAUAAAGAUGGAAAGAGGAAAAUAUGAAAAGAAAACAAUGGCUAAAAAGUACCAUUAAUUUCCUUGAAAAAAAAUGCCAAUAAAAUCAGUAAUCAAUUCUCUUUUGGAGAGAGUAAAAAAAUUCUUUAUAUACAUAUGCAUUAAGGACUAGUUGUGAAUUUUUAAACCAUUUUUUUUUGCAUUUUUCCUGAUUCCUCAAAACAGAGGUGGCAUCCUGGAUUCUCAGAAGUCAUUAUAACUAUUCAAUAUGACAAGAAAAAGGAAUUAGGAUUUUCUUCUGAGAGCAUCUUAGAAAGGCAAUCUUUAAUGGACAUUUUGCUAGCAAGAAGCAUAGAGGUAGAUUCUUAUUUUGUAUUAGCAACAAUAUAAUUUCAAAUA